CCUCGCUAGCCUUCCCACCACCUCUUCUGCCUUUUUCUUGCCUGCCCUCGUCCGUCGAGCUCGUCCUCACGCCUCGCCCUGCUGUCAUCCUGCCCCUUCCACGUCACCUCCGCCGUUGGGCUCGACUGCAUACCCGGAUAACUCACGAUCUCGCCUGCCGGACCCCUUGUCCCUUGGCCUCAUCGUUUGCCACUUGCAACCUUCGUCUGGGCUUCGGUCUGCUGUGUUGACCUGCUUCCCGGCACGGUCUGCAUCUCUCAUCGCCCGAGCUGCAGUAUAGCACAGCCGCCCUGUUCGAACUAAUACCACUUGUGCACAUCGGAAAGUCUGCCCAAGAUGUCCCACGGCUUCUAUAUCCAGUACCUCGAGAGUCUUUGCAAGCGCCGGGGUUGGGUUGACCCCACGUACGAAUGUUACCAGGAGCCCCGGGGUUACGCGUGCCUCGUCCUCGUCAAUGGACGCGAGUACCAGACCGACAACCUCUACGAGUCGGGCAGCCUCGCUCAGGAGAACGCUGCUAUGCGAGCUUUCAUGGUCUGCCGUAACUUCUCGGUCAACGGCGGCAUGCUUGCCCGAAACGGAAUUGUUCAGGGCAUGCCGGCCACCGAGUCUGGCGGCAAGCGUAGAAAGUCGUCUCGCCAUGUUACAUCGUCGAGCCACAGCCACGGCCACCGCGAGUCCCGUCACCACCGGUCCGGCCAUCACUCGAGCAGCAGCUCCACUGCCUCGUUUGAAUAGAUGGCAGAUGUGCCCUUUGGAGACGUGAUUGGUCAGGCCGAUUCUUCUCACCGGCUAUUGAGCUUACACCCUGCUGCGGCACCCCAUCUCGCACAGCGCAGGUCAACACAACAUAUUUGGACAACGGCGGCACAGUGAUUUUUCUAAACUACACACACGACGAAGCUUCACAGCUUACUUACCAGGAGCUCACAUCCUGACUCCUCGGGCGCAAACUUCAAUGCAUAGCGAUUUGGACAACCAAGCAAAC